CGCGCGAGCUCUCGAACGGCGUCCGCGCAUCGUCUCGCCCGGACACGCUUCUUCCCGCGUCGUUCACGCCAACGCAAGAAGCACCGCAGAUCUCGCGCGCCAUGGCCGACGACGAGAACCAGCAGGUCACGCUCAUGUCCUCUGACACCGAGAAGUUCAUGGUCGAUCAGGAGGUCGCGUUCGAAUCUGAGACCAUCAAGAACAUGAUCGAGGACACCGGUGUGGACGCGCCCAUCCCGCUUCCGAACGUCUCGUCCAAGAUCUUGGCGAAGGUGAUCGAGUACUGCAAGUAUCACGUCGGGGGCAAGAAGUCGGAGACGUCCGAAGACGAGCAGAAGACGUUCGACUCGGAGUUCGUCAAGGUGGAUCAGGCGACGCUGUUCGAGCUCAUCUUGGCGGCGAACUACUUGAACAUCAAGUCCCUCCUGGACCUUACGUGCAUGACCGUGGCGAACAUGAUCAAGGGCAAGACCCCGGAGGAGAUCCGCAAGACGUUCAACAUCAGGAACGACUUCACCCCGGAGGAGGAGGAAGAGGUCAGGCGGGAGAACCAGUGGGCGUUCGAGUGAGCGGCGCGACGACGACGACGGCGGCGACGAGACGGGCCCCCGGGCGGCGAAGAAACCGUUUGAACGAGCGAAGAACGGUCGAGAGCGAACGGACGACAGACGACGAAAGAGAAGCGUAGCACACUACGAUAGCACGACGACGACGCGGGAUGUAAUGGACGAAAGACGACGCGCGCGAGUGAGAGAAAUC